AUGGGACCAUCACCUUCUUUAGCUAGUUUAUCAUCCUCUCAGCAAUCAAGUAAUCAACAACAACAACACCAUAGUUUAUCAGACAUAAAUAUCCCAACAUCACCUUUAUCACCUCCAUCUCAUCAACAAAAGGAACAAAAUAACAAUGUGAUGAUAAAAGAGUUGGAAGAACUCUUAAUAAAGCUUGCUAGGGAAACAAAAAUGAAGUCUGGUGUUGAAAACAUGCUUGAAGUUUAUUUAAAGGACAAAAAGAAGACAAAAGAAUUAGAAACACAAUUAGAAGGAUAUAGUUUAGCUAUUGAUGAAAUAACAAAGCGAAUUGAGCACAUUAGAAUAACUGCUGUUAAUUCAGGAACACACAUUAUAGACGUUGCUAAAUUAUUGAAAGCAUAUAAAUAUACGGGAACAAUUUUUUCAAAUGCUAUAACACCUUCCACAUUAGCUCAAUCGCGUUCUAAAUUAAGGUCUAAUAAUAAUACUUUAAAGGGAAAAAAGAAAGCUGCUAUGGAAAAUGUAUCUUAUCCUGAUGAUGAUACUUGGCCUAUAGGAAAGAGAAUGGAUCAUAUUAUACAAUAUUUACAAGUCGAUGAGUGGAAGGCAAAUAAUAAUACUACUAAAGAAACAAAAAUGGAGAAACUUAAAAUUUUGAUAAGAAUAUUAAAAAAUACAACUGGAAUUGAGGCACAUUGUUCAAAAAAGAAAAUAAUUGAAGGUCUGCGUCAAUCUAUGGUGAGUCCUUAUAAAGAAAUAAGAAUUAUGGUUCUACGUGCUUUAAGAUUAUUAGUGGAAGGACCUGAAGAUGUCGAAAUGAUGAUAUAUUAUCAUUUAGAUGUAUUUUGUGCUAGGGCAUUAGUACGAGAUCAAGAUGGGUAUGAACCAGAAAGGGAGCAAACAAUUAAAUUAAUAAGAACAUUCAUUGAAUACGGUGGUGUUCAACAUAUCAAUCAGGGUAUUGUGAGGUCGGUCGUGGCUAUUGCAGAACAACAAGAUUGUAGAUUAAGAAAUAUUGCAUUAGAAACGCUUGCUGAAUUAACUAUCUUAGAUGUUGCAUUGAUUGUAAAAUCAGGAGGAUUAAGAGUAUUAAUACAAGCUCUAAUAGAUGGUCAGCAUGGAAUAUCAGAAGUACUUAUUCAAUCCGUUUUAUAUGUAUUGGAUACACCAAAUAAAAGAUGUUAUCUUCGACCUGGUGUUGAACUAGAGACGAUUAUUGCUCCCUUUACAGAAUCAAACACAGGUCCAAAUUAUAUUGAACGAUUGAAGAAUAGUGCAAAAAUGGUAACUACUUUGAUUAAAAGUUGGGCUGGUAUAUUUUAUAUGAGUGCAAAUAAUAUGAGAGCCGCUCGAUCCGUUGUGCAGGCAUUAAGGAUGCCAGUACUAGAGACACAGAAAUUAGUACUAGAUAUGUUUUUUGACGUAUUUAGAGUAAAGUUACCUGUAGAUCAUCAUGGGUUUUUAUCUGGAAGACAACAUACAGUGCAGGUUGCACCUACAAAUGAUACUGAAUUAGCAAAAAUAUCACUUCGACCUACUGCUGUUUUAAAUGGACCUGUCAUGUCCAAUCUCAUGAUGGCGGGAGGUAUUAGUCCUGAUGCUUAUACACGCUAUGCCCUCAAUCAUGGCACGACAACAGCUAGCAACUCGGAAAGACUUAAAAUGCUUGAUCAUCAUCUUAGUAUUAUCAUUAUUAUCUUUAUUGAAUCAGACAUUCUUAUGGCCCUUGUUGAUAUGGUCAAAUCAGACGAUAUCUACAUGUCUCGAAAAGCUACUUUAUUAAUUGGAGAAAUCUUACAACUCUCUACACGACUAUUACCUACUUUAAUGGCUAUUCAAGUCCAAUCAUUACCCAAGUUAUUUACAUUGGCAUCUAAUUUUGAAGAUGAACAAGUACGGCAUAACGCUACAGCAGCAUUAGCACAUAUUGAUCGAUUAACGCGAGCACGUACACGAUAUAUAGCACCCCCUAUUUCAUCAAAUCUGACCUCGUUUAAAGGUACUGAUCAAUCACCUUCAAAACGCACGCAAGAAAAAGUGCAUGAGGUUAAAUUAAAGAUUGGUUAUGCUAUUGAUGAUACCCACUUUCGACAACUCUUGAUGGAUACACAAGUAUUAAAUACAAAGGACUACACAAAGUGGAACUGGGAUAGUAUUCUUGAACUUUUACAAGGGCCUCUAUUGAAUCCAAGACGUCUAGAUGAAGCAAUGCGUGGUAAAAAGUUUAUUAAACGUCUACUGGCUUUUUAUCGACCCUUCAAGCAUCAAUUUUCGGAUAUGAAUGCGACUAAGGGCACAAUUAGUCGAUACGUUAGAACAGGUUGCACACUUAUUUCCACCUUAUUAAGUAAUCCGGAUGGUGUACGUUAUCUGAGUGAAAACAAAUUGCUUAGCAAUAUUGCAUUGGCAUUUAAUGAAUUGGAUCCGCUUACAAAUGGAGGAGGUGAUGCAUGUACAGAGCCGAUUUUUUCAAAAGAACGUAUGGAGAACACCUUAACAUGCGGUUAUUUCGCUAUUCUAGGUACCUUUUCGAAAUAUAAAGAAGGCGUACGUAUCCUUGAAAGAUUCAAAAUUUUUAGUUGCUUUUAUCAAAUCUCUGAACUCAAAAACCGUACAGAUCUUAAGGUAGCCAUGAUUACUAAUUUGGAUUAUACCCUAGAUGGACAUCCACGGGUGCUAUUGUCUAAAAUCAUGACGUCGGGUUAUAAUCCAAUUCGUCUUUUCGCUACUCAACAUUUAGGUGUUAUUAUGCGACAAUCAGAAUCUGAGUUCAACGACUGGGUCAUUCGAUUACUAGUGACUCAACUCUAUGAUACGCAUAUGGAUGUUUGCCAGACAGCUGUUCAUUUAUUAGACGAAGCAUGUGAGAGACAAGCUAAUUUAGAAUUACUUGUUAAAUGUAGACCUAGUUUGGGACAUUUAGGAGAAGUUGGUAAUCCAUUAUUAUUACGAUUUUUGUCAACCUCGACUGGAUUUCAAUAUUUGAAUGCCUUGGGAUAUGUUCAAAAAGAAAUGGAUGACUGGUUUGAAAGAGGAAAUCUUAAUUAUGUUGUUCAGUUAGAGCUUUCGCUGGCGAGAGCUUUAAUAAAUACACCAGAAAAGAAGGUAAAUCCGUUUGAAGAAAGGGUUGAUAGUGAAAAUGAUUUUGAAGCGUUACAACCUGGUGAUGGUUUAACGCCUCCUCAUUUCUAUGGAGAAUUAACCAAGACAGAAGAAGGAUGUAAUCUGUUAAGAGAAAAGGGUCAUCUUAAGAUGUUUGUUGAUUAUGUGAGGAAUUUCCCUUUAGAUAAAUGUAAUGAAACCUCAUUGGGGCAACUAAAGGCUGUUCUAUGGGCACUUGGAAAUAUUGGGGCAACAAAGAAUGGUCUACCUUUUCUUGAAGAAGAGGAUAUUGUAAAAGAUAUUAUAGAAAUGGCAGAAGGCAGUGAAAUCUUAUCACUAAAGGGAACUUGUUAUUUUGUACUUGGAUUAAUUGCAAAAACUCAACAAGGUGUUGAAUUAUUAGGCGAAGUUGGUUGGGAAAGCGUUGUUUCCCCAAAUGGAGAACCUGAGGGGCUGUGUGUACCAUUAAAUCUUUCGAGAUUUUUAACGAUCCGGAAUUGGAAAUAUAAACCAGCAUUGUUUUCUCCUCCACAAUUACCGAGAUCUGUUACAGCAGAUUCAGUUAGCGCGGAUAUAUUAAAAAAUAUCGGUAAUAUGAGCAAUCAUAUUUUAGCAAAUGAAGCAUCAAAGAAUCUUGCAAAAUUAAGACAACUUUAUCCUGAAUACUUUAAAAAGGUAAACCUUUAUUAUUCAGUAUGUCAGUUACUUGGAAGUUAUCAUUUCAGGUCACCUGUUCGCAAAUAUGUCUUGGAAAUAUUUGAUAUGAAAUUUACUACUGAAUUACUACAAGAAUUAGAUGACAUAGCAGCAACAACAACGACAUCAUCUGUUGCAUUCACAACGCCUGAUCAAUCGUUGCAAAAGAUACCACCUAUCAUUAAAAAAGACGAUGCUGAUGUGGCCCAAGAAAUAUUGGAGCCAAAGAUAAAACAAAUUGGAUUUCAUGUAGCCUAA